AUGGAGCGCGAGACCUCGCGUGAAAGUGCGGCCGACGGGGGUUGCCCCAAACGGCCUGAGCUGAGAGAGGAGACCCCGGGGGAAGAAGCGAAAGGCGUCGCGGCUUCGAUAAGGCGAAUAGGCAAAGACGACGCGGUCAAAUGUGCGAAUUUGGAAUGUGGCGGAAAAGAGGAGUCUCAGACGGUAACUGGGGAAGAAGAGGAUGUUGGCAAAUACGAGGAGGAGCUGGACCCAAGAAUUCAGGAGGAACUAGAGCACCUCAACCAGGCCAGCGAUGAGAUCAACAAGCUGGAGCUUAAUUUAGACGAUGCCAGAUCUAGCUACAGAAAGAUCCUCACCGAUUCUGCCAGGAAGCUGAAUGCUCAGGGGUCCCAACUUGGCGCAUGCAUUGAGAAAGCCAGGCCUUACUACGAAGCCCGAAGACUGGCCAAAGAGGCACAACAAGAGACCCAGAAAGCUGCUCUAAGGUAUGAGAGGGCCGUGUCCAUGCAUACCGCUGCCAGAGAGAUGGUGUAUGUGGCAGAACAAGGCCUGUUGGCAGACAGAAACACCAUGGAUCCAACCUGGCAGGAGAUGCUUAAUCACGCUACUGCUAAGGUGAACGAGGCCGAGGAGGAGCGCUUUCGCAGUGAACGGGAGCACCAGCGGGUGACGCAGCUCUGCCAGGACGCCGAGGCUAAAGUCCAAACCCUCCAAAAGUCACUGAAGAAAGUCAUCCUUAAGUCCAAACCGUACUUCGAGCUAAAGGCUCAGUUCAACCAUAUCCUGGAGGAGCACAAGGCCAAAGUAGUACAGUUGGAGGAGCACGUAGCAAAAGCAAAAACACGUUAUUCUGUGGCGCUGCGGAACCUGGAACAGAUUAGCGAGCAGAUCCACGCGCAGCGAGGAAGACUCGGCGCCGGAAGAGGGAGAGCGACCCUACGCGGCGGGCGUAGCUCUCCGGUCGGCGCCGAGGCCGACGCCAAAGUAGCGGCGUCGUGCGGCUUUGUCGGAACGGGCGCGUUAGAAAGCCAUUGGGCGGACGCUGAAAAAACGCGGCUUUGGGUGGAGAAGCACCGGGAGAACGGCUGGGGUCGGAGAGAGGAGGCGGAGCACUCCGGUUCGGACCGCGUGUCCGUCGUCAGCCUGCAGACCAUUGCUUCCGACCUGCAAAAAUGCGAUUCGGUAGAACACCUAGGCGACUUUAGCGAUGGCGGGAGUGUGCCGGGUGAGGAUUGGGACUGGAAUAGAAAGAACGGCAACGGGGCAGAAGCGAGCGACGGACCCCGGCGGACCCGAGCGUCUAGUAAAAAGAAGCAGGAGAUCUUCGUCAAGCAGCACCACAGAAGUGUGAGUCUCUAA